AUGUCCAACGGCAAAAUGAAAGCCGUCCACUACGACGGCCCCUUCAAGGUCUCCGUCAGGGAGGUCGACAUGCCCCAGAUCGAGCACCCAGAUGACGUGAUCAUCAAAGUCACCACAGCGUGCAUCUGCGGCUCCGACCUGCACAUGUACCAAGGCCGCACCGCCGCCGAACCGGGCCUCAUCUUCGGCCACGAGAACAUGGGCAUCGUCGUCGAGACCGGCCCCGGCGUCACCCUGCUGCAGAAAGGCGACCGCGUCGUGCUGCCCUUCAACGUCGCCGAUGGCCGCUGCCGCAACUGCGAAGAGGGCCGCACCGCCUUCUGCACCGGCGUCAACCCGGGCUUUGCUGGCGGCGCGUACGGCUAUGUCGCCAUGGGCCCGUACCGAGGCGGCCAGGCGCAGUACUUGCGCGUGCCCUACGCUGACUUCAACGCCCUGAAGCUGCCGCCGGGCCGCGACCAUGAGGCCGACUUCGCCCUCCUCGCCGAUAUCUUCCCCACGGGGUGGCACGGGCUCGAGCUGUCCGGGUUCAAGCCCGGUGAGACCGUGGCUGUCUUCGGCGCAGGGCCCGUCGGCCUCAUGGCGGCGUAUUCGGCCGUGCUGCGCGGCGCCAGCAGAGUCUACGUCGUCGACCGCGUGCCGGAGCGUCUCGAGGCGGCGAGGAAGAUCGGCUGCACGGCCGUCGACUUCACCGUCCGGGACCCCGUCGACCAGAUCAUCGAGCUGAACGGCGGCAUGGUCGAUCGCGCGGUCGACGCGGUGGGCUACCAGGCCGUCGACUCGUCGGGCAGUAAGGAAAAGCCCAACACGGCUCUCGACUCGCUGAUUCGGGUGACCCGGCCGACGGGGGGGUUGGGCAUCCCAGGCCUGUAUGUUCCGACAGACCCGGGGGCGCCGGAUGCGCAGAGCAAGGAAGGACAGCUAUUGAUCCCGUUUGGGAAGUUGUUUGAGAAGGGCCUCUCCCUCGGCACCGGCCAAUGCAACGUCAAAGCCUACAACCGGUACCUGCGCGACCUGAUCAUCGCGGGCAAGGCCAAGCCGUCGUUUGUCGUCUCGCACGAGAUUGGCAUCGACGAGGCGCCCGUGGCGUACGAGAAGUUCGACAAGAGGGUCGAGGGGUAUACUAAGGUGUUGAUCCAUCCGAAUGGGUGGUAG